CCGGUGAUGUACCGCAGCCGGUGCGCCCUCAGAGCUUAUAAAGGCAGGAGGAGCAGGAGGAGACCCCCAGUCUGUCUGUCUGUCUGUCUGUCACCUCACAGCCGAGCACCGACAUGUCUGACUUCACAGAGGACCAGAUCAUGGAGUUCAAGGAGGCCUUCCUUUUGUUUGACCGGACGGGUGAGGGGAAGAUCACCUACAGUCAGUGUGGGGACGUCAUGCGGGCCCUUGGACAGAACCCUGUCAAUGCUGAGGUGCUCAAGGUCCUGGGAAACCCCAAGUUGGAAGAGAUGAACCACAAGAUGCUGGACUUUGAACAGUUCCUGCCCAUGCUUCAGGCCAUUGCUAAGAAUAAAGACCAGGGCUCCUUUGAGGAUAUCGUAGAGGGCCUGCGUGUCUUCGACAAGGAAGGAAACGGUACAGUGAUGGGAGCAGAGCUACGCCAUGUUCUCACUACACUAGGUGAAAAAAUGACAGAGGAGGAGGUGGAGACUCUUUUAGCGGGACAUGAAGACGCCAACGGUUGCAUUAACUAUGAAGAACUCGUCCGGAUGGUGAUGAGCGGUUGAGGAUUUCACAAACACACUUCCAGCUUUAACUUUAUUCCUAAAUGUUUUUGUAUCUUUUGUCUCAUCUUGCCGUUCCGUCCACGUCGUCCUACCUUCAUCAAGUCCGUGUUUUCUUUUUUUUUUUCUUUGACACCUUUUUUUUUUUUUUUUUAAAUUUAAUUUCAAAAGUGCCUUUUCUGUCUAAUGUGAAGAAACCCGUUCAUCUCAUCUUCCUACAACGUUAUAAAGCCUCACAGGUACAAUCGGCAGCAACAUUCCCUCCAUGAUUUUCACCUUUUCCAUCUUUGUCAAUCGCUUCGUCAGACUAUGGAUGGAUAUGAUAAUGUGACAUGUUACAUUUAACAGUAUUGAAUAAAAAUCAUGGUUUCCAAAGUAU